CCUGCCGUCGGCACGUUCCGUACGCACGGCGGGAAGCGCUGACGUUGUACGCAGCGGCGGCGUGUGCGUGACGCAGUUGCCCAUGGUAACCCCGGAGCUGCGCGGAGGAUGGGUUUACUGUCAAUCCUGCGUAAACUGAAAAGCACCCCAGACCAGGAGGUGAGAAUCCUCCUCUUGGGACUGGAUAAUGCUGGCAAGACCACGCUCCUGAAACAGUUGGCAUCUGAGGACAUCAGCCACAUUACGCCAACACAGGGCUUUAACAUCAAAAGUGUACAGUCUCAAGGCUUCAAGCUGAAUGUAUGGGACAUAGGCGGACAGAGGAAGAUCAGACCGUACUGGAGGAACUAUUUUGAAAACACUGAUAUUCUUAUCUAUGUCAUUGACAGUGCAGAUAGGAAGAGGUUUGAAGAAACGGGUCAGGAGCUGGCUGAGCUUUUGGAUGAAGAAAAGCUUAGUGGAGUCCCCGUGCUCAUAUUUGCUAACAAGCAGGAUUUGCUGACGGCUGCCCCUGCUUCAGAGAUUGCCGAGGGACUGAACCUCCACACAAUCCGUGACAGAGUCUGGCAGAUCCAGUCUUGUUCAGCCCUUUCAGGAGAGGGAGUACAGGACGGCAUGAAUUGGGUGUGCAAAAAUGUCAAUGCAAAGAAGAAAUAAAGCAUUCUGAGCCGCAUGGAAAUGGAGGAGCGGUGGGAGCAGAAUUCUAGCCUGAAAACACUAAUUUGCUGCUUUCUGACCAAAUGUUUUUCCAUCUGUGCACAGCUACAGCUGUUAAAAAAAAAAAAAAAAAAAAAAAAAAGGAGAGAGAGAGAGGAGAGAGAAAGGGAACAACAACAGUUAAAACCAAAACCUACUGCUGGAUUUGGAACUUGACCCGCUCUUUAGUAUCAUUUUUUAUUCCAAUAAAGGAAUUAUAUAUUUUUUCCCUA